AUUUUUUUUUCCAAAAUCCAAAUUUUAAAUAUUCACUGAUCGAUCAUCAAAUCAAUCAUUAAUCAUCAAUCAUCAUUAUUAUUAUUGGAUACCACCAGUAAAAAGUGUUCUAUUAUUGUUGCUGCUAUGAUACCAUAUAGUACUUGUAUGCGUUUCAAUCAUAAUCAACAACAAACAAGAAUCAGACGACAUUCAUUUGAAAAUGAUAAUAAUAAUAAAUUUAGUCCAUGUGAAUGGACUUUGGUACAACAUUUUGGACAAAAUACGCGUGUAGAAUCGACUAUCAUUAAUGUUACCUCACAGGAUGACCAAACACUUUGUUUUACAUGGGCAAUAGAAUCUCAACAAGCUGCUCAACAAAAUGCUAAUAAUCUGGUUGAUCAAAACACUCAUCAACUAUUGCUUGCAUCGUCAUCAUCGACAUCGAAAGAAAGAAGCCAAUCAGAUGAAUUUGAUAGACGUAGUGUUUACCUAUUAUUAUCAUUACGACGAAGAAAAAGUUUACAACAAAGUAUACAUCCAGAAACAAUACCAUUAUUAGAUCCAUAUUAUUAUGGUAUUGCAAAACGUUAUCUAAAAUUUUCAUAUCAAUGGAAUUUUAAUACAUUUUCAUAUGAUGUAUUGACUAGUGGUCAUUCAUUAUCUAGUCUUUUAUUAUAUCUAUUUGAAGAAUAUAAUUUUAUUGAAAUAUUUAAUCUGGAUUUGAUUAAUGUUUUACGUUGUUUUAAUUACCUGGAAAAAGGCUAUCAUGAUACAAAUCCUUAUCAUAAUUCAGUACAUGCAGCUGAUGUUACCCAGGCAAUGCAUUGUUUUUUACAAGAAUCAAAAAUUAAACAAUAUUUAACACCAAUGGAAGCAAUGUGUUCAUUAUUGGCAGCUGUAUCACAUGAUCUUGAUCAUCCUGGUGUUAAUCAACAAUUUUUAAUUGCAACAAAUAGCCAUCUAACAACAAUGCAUAAUAAUCUAUCGGUAUUAGAAAGUCAUCAUUGGCGUUUUGCAUUAUCCUGUUUUUAUGAAUCACAUAUAUUCGAUCAUUUUAAUGAAAAACAAUGGAAAGAGAUAAAAUAUUUACUUAAAAAUUUAAUAUUAGCCACCGAUAUUAGUAGGCAAAGUGAAUUUAUACAACAAUUUGAAAAUUAUUUAAAAUUGGGCAAUAAUCAACAACAGGAGCAACAACAAUUUUCAAUGGAAAAAAAAGAACAUAAAUAUUUUAUUCUACAAAUUGCAUUGAAAUGUGCUGAUCUGGGUAAUCCAUGCCGUCCAUGGAAAGUUAGUCAACGUUGGAGUGAACAAAUUUGUAAUGAAUUUUAUCGACAAGGUGAUUUUGAAAAAUUAUUAGGCUUACCUAUUACACCAAUGUGUGAUAGAAAUUCAACGACAAUCUCAAAAACACAGACAGAUUUUUUCAAAAAUAUUGUCAGACCAUUAUUUGAAUUAUGGAAUGUAUUUCUUGAUUCGAAAUUAACAAGACAAUUGAUAAAUAAUUUAAAUUUUAAUGAAUAUAUGUGGAAAACAAUGGAAAAUAAUGGAAAACAAUCAAUUAUUCGAAAUAGUCAUUCAUUAAUUUCAUUAAAUUCAGAUAAAUUUCAUGAAAUUGAAUUCAUCAUUGCUACUGGUACUGGUAUUGGUAAUCGUUGUAAAUCAUUGAAUGAAUUAUCAUCAACGCUAAGUCUUUCGUCGAUUACAUUUUUUGAUAAUAAUGAUAAAAUGAAAACUAAAGUUGAAAAAUUGGCCGAAUCAAAAUGUAUAAAUGGUUGUGGAACUCCUGCUUCAUCGAAAGAAAUAAUUUCGACAACAGCAACAACCAAAACAGCAAAAACCAUUAAUGAAGAAAAGAUUAAAAUGGAAAAUGAGGAUUUUAAUGAUGAAGAAGAUGAUGAUGAUUUUAUUGCCGAAUUUAAUUGUGGUGCAAUUCUUUCAACACCGGCAUUAAUAUUACCGAAUUUUUGUUUUGAAAAGCCACAAAGCGGAUUUUAUCGUCGUGGUUCAGCACCUGGUUGUAUUGAUAUUGUUCGCCGAAAUGAAAUGAAUACAGCUAAAGGAACUGCAUUAUUAUUAUUAUGUAAUUCAUUGAAAGCCAAAAAUAAUAAUAUCAAUAUCAAUAAUAAUAAUAAUAAUAAUGCUAAACGACGUUCAUCAUUUCCAAAUGUUAAAAUACAAAAAGGAAAUUUACAAUUAUUUAAAACUAGUCUACAAUUACAACAACAACAACUACAACUACAACAACAGCAAUCAACAACAACAACAACAAACAGAUAUUAUAAAGGUAAAAGCAAUAGAAAUCGUAAUAAUAACAACAAUCGAAUGAUGUUCCAUCAUCAUCAUCAUCAUCAUCAAUCGGAAUCAUUAUAUUUUGGGCAGCAACCGCAUCAUCAUCAAUAUCAAUAUCAUCAAUCAAGUUUAUUUGACAUAACUGGUAGCCAAACAGCCGCCAAUAAUUGUCAUCAAUAUUUAUUGACAACUAAUAAUAAUAAUAACAAACAGCGUGGUUGUAAUCAGCAACGUCGUCGUUCAGUUCCUCAAGAUAUUUUUAUUCGUUCAUUAAAUAAUUACACUGCCUAAUUAUUGUGUGUAUGUGUGCAUCAAUAUUAUUAUCAUCAAUAAUGUCAUUUGUUUUUAUCGACAACCCCAACAACAAUCAUCAUUUUCGAAGAAGAAAAAAAUAACCCCCGAAUGAAAC